CGGCCUGAGGUGUCCCCAGUUCUUCUCCUGUGGAACCCUAUUAAAAGCAAAGGCUCCCACCAUGGCUGAGAUGGCUGAGUUUGGGCCCGCCGCCCCUUUCCUGCGCAUGACUGAGAAGCUCAGGAUUGAAGCCCAGAACCGGCCUUUCGACAUGAAAAAGGACGUGUUUGUGCCGGAUGACAAGGAGGAGUUUGUCAAGGCCAAGAUCAUUUCCAAAGAAGGUGGUAAAAUCACCGCGGAAACGGAACAUGGCAAGACGGUGACAGUGAAAGAAGAUCAGAUUAUGCAGCAGAAUCCGCCCAAGUUCGACAAGAUCGAGGACAUGGCCAUGCUCACCUUUCUGCACGAACCGGCCGUGCUCUACAACCUGAAGGAGCGCUACGCCUCCUGGAUGAUCUAUACCUAUUCGGGGCUGUUCUGUGUGACGGUAAACCCCUACAAGUGGUUGCCCGUCUACAACGCUGAAGUGGUUGCUGCUUAUCGAGGGAAGAAGCGCAGUGAAGCUCCUCCUCACAUUUUCUCCAUCUCUGACAAUGCCUAUCAGUACAUGUUGACAGAUCGGGAGAACCAGUCCAUUCUUAUCACGUAA